UGGCACACUACGCAGAGCUACCCAAAACAUUUUCUCCACACUUCCUUCUUCGCAAUAUGGCUAUGGACCCUCCAGCGCGGCCCUCUGGCUCUUUGUUUGACGUUUACUUGCGACUGCGCCCAUCAAAAGCUAGCGAUGGGCGCUUCCUCACUGUCGUGGACAGCACCGAAGGCAGUCACCCCACGCACAUAACCAUCAAGCCACCGACAGAUGACAAGCGCAAGAGAGCGGUUGAGACCUUUGCGUUCACAAAAGUGUUUGAGGAGGAUGCCCGGCAAAUGGAGCUGUUCAAGGGCGUCGGCAUCGUCCCCAUGAUCGAGGGCGUACUGGGCGCCCCAGGACAUCACGGACGAGAUGGAACACUUGCAACGCUAGGCAUGACCGGUUCUGGAAAGAGUCACACAAUUCUCGGAACAAAGUCGCAGCGCGGUCUGACGCAGAUGGCACUCGAUGUCCUCUUCCAGUCGACCGGAGAGCAGCUGGUGCAAUCCUUCUAUGGAGCGCCAGCAUUUACAUCUCUGGCUGCAGCCGAUGUAUCAGAAGCGCACAUGUUCACAGCAACUGCCUUCCUGGACUCGAUGUACGGUGACAACCAGUCUGAAGCGCGCUUCUCGCGUGCGCAGACACCCAUGGCGGACUGCAGUUCGUUCAUUACGAAUGGCGGAUCGCGCUCGAACAGAAUACCCAGACCGUCUACUCUGCCGCAAUCGCCGAGCGUUCACGACAUCGAUAUACCCGUCGACGGGAACGCCGAGUACGCAAUCGUCAUCUCUAUGUACGAAGUGUACAACGACCGCAUCUUCGAUCUGUUGACAGGAACCGCGACGAAGAACAAACACCCGAACCUGAAGCGACGACCGUUGCUGUUCAAGAGCACGGAACAGAGUCCGGAUCGAAAAGUGGUCGCCGGUCUGACGAAGAUCAUCUGUGGAAGCUUUGAGGAGGCACUCAUGGUGCUCGAGACUGGCUUGGUGGAGCGCAAGGUCACCGGUACCGGAAGCAAUGCCGUGAGCUCGCGAAGUCACGGCUUCUUCUGCGUAGAGGUCAAGAAGCGCGAUGCGAAGCGGAAAGGUUCCUGGUCAAGCAGCACGCUGACCAUCGUUGACUUGGCUGGAUCUGAGCGUGCGCGGAACGCAAAGACAGCUGGCGAGACAUUGGCAGAAGCUGGCAAGAUCAACGAGUCCCUCAUGUAUCUUGGCCAGUGCAUGUCGAUGCAGUCUGAUCAGCAAGCUGGCUCAAGGAACGUCGUCCCCUUCCGGCAAUGCAAGCUCACCGAGCUGCUCUUCUCGAAUUCUUUCCCCUCCUCCACCCGAACGACACACUACCACCACCCCCAGAAAUCCAUUAUGAUCGUCACCGCCGACCCCAAGGGCGACUUUAACGCCACCUCCCAGAUUCUCCGCUACUCCGCCCUCGCUCGCGAAGUCACUGUCCCGCGCAUCCCUUCCACAACUUCCACACACAUCCUCGGCAGCGGGCCCGCAAGAAUCGGCACAUCCUCUGGCCGGACAACGCCCUCAGGCCGCACCACUCCCUCCGCGAUCCUCGAAGAACUCGACGCCGCAAACGCAGAGAUCGCACGCCUCACCGCAGAAGUCGAGGUCUUCGCGCUGCGCCUGAUGGAGGAGACGGCGCGCCGGAAAGCCGCAGAGGCGAGCUGGUCCGCAGCAGAGGAUCGCAUGCAGGAUCUCGAGCAGGAGAUCCGUGACGAGUGCUUUGCCGACACAGAGGCAGCUGUGGACGCAGAGCGCCGCCGGUGGCAGUCUGCGCUGGACAACGAGCAGGACUCGCAGCAGGCGCAUCUCGAUUCCAAGAUCGAUGUUGUCAUCAAGGCGACCAAGGCGCAGAUGCGGGACGAGGUGAAGGUGUAUGAGGAUCCGGAUCCAGAGCUGCAGGACCGGGUAGAUGAGCUGGAGCGUGAGAACGAGGUGUUGCGGGCAAAAUUGGAGGCCAAAGAGCGUCAAGGGCAGCUGAUGAGUGCGAGUCCUGUCAAGAAGAUGAGGGUGCUCAAGCCGAAAAAGUGGGAGGAUCCGGAAAGUGGCAUGCGGAUGGGGCUUGAUGCCUUGGGACUCGAGGAUUAGUCGUUUUAGAGCCUUUGAAGCCGCGUUGACGCUUACGUGACAUGACAUGAUACGACGGCAUGGGCGGCGUUGUGGGUUGCUUUUGGGAUAAGCGAUAUCCUUGGACCUUGAAGCCGUUGCGGUCUUCUGUGUAUCUAUCCCUAUAAGCUUUGU